AUGUCCGUCAAGCCCCUCAUCACCUGCCUCUGGUUCGACGGCACGGCCGAGCAGGCAGCGGAGCAGUACACGUCCAUCUUCAAGAACAGCAAGUUAGGCCGCAAGACCUACUACCUGGAGGCCGGCAAGGAGUGCCACGGCCAGGAGCCCGGCUCGGUGAUGACGGUCGAGUUCGAGCUCAACGGGCAAAAGUUUGUCGGCCUCAACGGCGGGCCCAUGUUCAAGCACAACGAGGCGGUGUCGUUCCAGGUCGACUGCGAGGACCAGGCGGAGGUGGACUACUACUGGGACAAGCUGGGGCAGGGCGGGGACGAGGCGAGGAGGGUGUGCGGGUGGAUCGCGGACCGGUACGGGGUGGCGUGGCAGGUCGUGCCGAAGGUGCUCAAGGAGAUGCUGGACAGUGAGGAUAAGGAGGCGGCGGGGAGGGUGACGGUGGAGAUGAUGGGGAUGAAGAAGAUGGAUAUCGAGAGGCUGAGGAGUGCGUUUGAGGGGAGGCAUGUGCCUGAUCCGUUGAAGGUUCCGUCGGCGAGUGAGUGUGGUCGGUGA